AUGCCUCCCCCCCCCCCACCCGUCCUCUCCCAUCCUAAACGUAGGGAACCCCACACGGUGACGACACAGCGCACCCAGACACGGCGUGAGCUGACGGAAGUGCAAGGCACCCAAAACGAAAGGAAAGCGAAAAUGGCGGCCACGAACCCGCGUGUGCUCUUCGAUGUGCAUUUCACCUCCUUCCACGACGACAACCUCCCUGGGACCGCCAUCACCGACCCGAAAAACCCCACAUCGUUCGUGCUCACCACGGGCGGCUUCCCGCAGGAGGUAAUUGUGCAGACACGCGCCGCCUCGGCAAAGAUCUCGAAGCUGUCCGUGACUCUGAAUGACGCGAAGGACAUUCUGCUUGACAAAUGCUGCGGGGAGGCGCCGACGGCGUUCGACGUCAUGGCAGAGCGCACCCUUGCUCGCGGCUCCGUCGGUGGCCCGCAGACCGAAACGUUCGACUUAGACCCCGAAGGCGCUGGACGUGAUAUCCGCUUCAUCCGGCUCACCAUUCUCUCCGGCUACAGCGAGUUCGUCGCGGUCUACAGCAUCGAUGCGUGGGGGGAGGAGUCCCAGCAGCGCAUCGCCGUCCUUCAGAGCAAGCCGGAGGUUGUGAUGUAG